AUGCCGAAGCCACCCGGACCGGCGCGCCGCGGGCUGCUGACAUUCGUGGUAGGUGGUGAGCCGUUUGAGGUGCCAUGGCCUUACCUUGCCUUGCACUCUCCAGUGUGGGCCGAGAAACUGGCAGAGGAUCCAGAUCUAAGUGUAAUAGAGCUGAAGGGAGAGGCCGACUCUUUCCGUGCCUUCUUGAACUUCCUGCAAGGUGCAGAUGGUCCGACAGGAGACCUCAGCCCAGCAAACUUCCUGGACAUUCUCCAUUGGAACGAGGAAUUCGAUGUUGAGCACAUUCGAGGACAGUGUGAGGCCUUCCUGCUGGACCCGCGAUGCCGCGAGGCCAUCGAGCUCUCACCGGACGAAGUCCUCGAGAUCGCUGCACGGUACAACAUGCCAAAGCUGUAUGAGAAAGCCAUCGAAGUCACCGGGCAAGGGAUGCAGUACAUCCAGGUUCCGAAGGAGGGCUCCAACCGGUUCGAGUCCGAGGACUUGAGGACCGAUGUGGUGAAAGCGCACCUUUCGAUGGGCGUGAUGUGUGCCGACGGGGAGAUGCGAUGUCGGCACCGCUAUGCGGAUCAAGCUCUGCUUCCUGAUGCUCACGAGCGGGCGCGACUUCUAUGGAAGUCGCGAGGUCGUUUGCGCAAACCGCGUGUAGAAGAGCCUGACCAUGACUGGCGAUGCCCAGAGAUGGUGUGGCCCCAUCAUUCGCUCCGCGGCGAGGACUGGACGGCAGUCGCUGCUGAGACGCAGCCCACAUUACCUCGUCGCUCAGCCCUGCGAGGGCCUCGAGCCAGAAAAUGA